GCUGCGGAGUGAGUUUGCGAAAAAAAAAAAAAAGCCCCGGCGCCCUCUUCUCUCCCCGGUUACCGAAUAUGACACAAUGUCUGCUGGUAUAAAAAGCUAGGGCCACUCCUAUCAGGCCUCCACUUGUAUGUCUGGAGACCACUCCGGUGCUCUGCAGCGAAUAAAGGGAGGAGGCUGCUGUUGGGAUCCUGCCUUUGCACGGGAGAGACAGAGACAGAGACAGAGAGAGACCAGAGAGGAGAGAGGAUGGCCACCCUGGUAGAAUCUGCAGAAAUGGAGACUUUAGGCGGUCAAAGCCACACCGGGGCAUCUCCGACAUCCUCCAGCCCCUCGCAGCACUUCAACGACAGCAAAUUUUACCUGCUGGUGGUCAUCGGGGAGAUCGUAACGGAGGAUCACCUAAAGUGUGCCAUUGCGGACAUAGAGAAAGGGAUCCGCUCAUGGGACACCAACCUUAUCGACUGCAACCUCGACCAGGAACUGAAGCUGUUUGUCUCUAGACACUCAGCUCGUUUCUCCGCAGAUGUCAGAGGGCAGAGAAUUCUUCACCAUAAAAGUAAUGUCCUGGAAACUGUGGUACUUAUUAACCCUUCAGAUGAAGCAGUCAGUACUGAGGUUCGUUUGAUGAUCUCAGACACUGCCAGACACAAGCUUCUGGUUCUCUCAGGGCAAUGCUCUGAAAACACUGGUGAACUGAUUCUUCAGUCUGGAUCCUUUUCUUUCUUCAAUUUCAUAGACAUAUUCACUGACCAAGAGAUUGGUGAAUUGCUCAGCACUAUUCACCCAGCAAACAAAGCCAACCUUACACUCUUCUGCCCUGAACAAGGAGACUGGAAAAACUCCAACUUGGACAAACACAACCUGCAGGACUUCAUUAACAUGAAACUAAACUCCACUCUCAUUCUCCCUGAAAUGGAGGGCCUCUCAGAAUUCACUGAGUAUUUGUCUGAAUCAGUAGAGAUCCCAUCUCCUUUUGACAUGUUAGAACCACCAACCUCAGGUGGAUUCCUCAAACUCUCCAAACCCUGCUGUUACAUUUUCCCUGGUGGCCACGGUGACUCUGCCCUCUUUGCUGUAAAUGGCUUCAACAUGCUCAUCAACGGUGGCUCAGACAGGAGAUCAUGCUUCUGGAAGCUGGUGAGACAUCUUGACCGAGUGGACUCCAUCCUCCUGACCCACAUCGGUGACGACAACCUGCCAGGCAUCAAUAGCAUGCUGCAGAGGAAGAUUGCAGAGCUUGAGGAGGAACAGUCACAGGGUUCGACGGCUAACAGCGACUGGGUGAAGAACAUGAUUUCUCCAGAUAUUGGUGUUGUGUUUGUGAAUCUUCCAGAAAACCUGGAUAACCCUGAACCCAAUUACAGAGUGCGGAGGAAUGUUGAGGAGGCAGCGUUCACUCAGCAGUUCCUUACCAAGCUAAAUUUGAGGAUAGAGCCUUUGCAAAGGCCUGUUGGAAACACUAUAGAGCCAAUCAUACUUUUUCAGAAAAUGGGUGUUGGGAAGCUUGAGAUGUAUGUGCUUAAUCCAUCAAAGAAUAGCAAGGAGAUGCAGCACUUUAUGAAGCAGUGGACAGGUAGUGAAAAAGACACUGCUUCCAUUCUGCUGCCAAAUGGCAAAGAAUCUGAGUUCCCUGUCUCUUACCUGACUUCUGUCUCUUCACUUGUUGUAUGGCACCCUGCAAAUCCCUCAGAUAAGGUUGUGCGUGUUCUCUUUCCUGGAAAUGCCACCCAGCAUCACAUCUUUGAAGGUUUAGAAAAGCUAAAGCACUUGGACUUCUUGAAGCAGCCAGUUGUCACUCAAAAAUCAAUGUCUCCUAGCAUGCCGUCAACACCGACACUAAAGCAAGCUAAGAUGAAACACAGAACAGACAGCAAAGAGAGCCUGAAGUCUACCCCAAAACCAUCACCAAUCAAGAGCAUCAGGAAGGAUUCAAAGGAGGAAGCACCAGAAAAGGCAAAGGCAGAUGCUGAAUCAGCUCAUGAAAAAACACAGAAGACAGAGAAAAAAGAAAAGGUCCCAUUGAAAAAGGAAAAGGCAAAGGCACUUGAGAAAGAAUCAAAAGCAAAGUCAGAGCAAACUGUGCAACAUGCAACUCCAGAGAAAAAGAAAUCUGAAAUAAAACCUAAAGCUGAAAAGGAAAAGAUUAUUAAGAAAGAGACCAAGGUGUCCGUGGAAAAGAAAAAGGAGGUUAAAAAAGAAGUAGCAAAGAAAGGAUGAUAUACAAAACAAGAAAGUAAAAAAGAUGAAAAAGUAAAGAAAGAGGAGGCAAAGAAAGUUCUUAAAAAGGAUGUCAGAAGAGAUUCACCAAUGAAGGAGAAGAAGGAAGAAAAGAAAGAACAAAAGAAAGAUGUCAAAAGGCCCUCUAAAGACAUUAAAAAGACCACUGAAGAAAAGAAUCUUGCACCAAAACCAAAGCCCCUGAAAAAAGACGAUGCCUCAAAGAAAGAUGCAGGACUACCAUCAAAGUUAAAGGAGAAAGGAAAGCCAAAGGUUACGAAAAAAGAGACAAAGGUGGAUAGUGACAAAGUUGCAGCUAGUGCCCUUGCUGUUCCAGAUGAUCCAGAAGCAGUAAGAUCUCUGAUGUCCUCACCAGAGGACCUCACUAAGGACUUUGAGGAGCUCAGGGCUGAAGAGUUGGUGGAGGAUGAUGCGACGGUGCAGCAAAAUCAAGAAGAAGAGCCUGCGAUGAUCCACCGUGAAGAAAUGAUACAGACCAAAGAGUCACCUGAGGCUUUAGAGUCUGUGGACGAAGGUAUAACAACAACAGAGGCUGAAGGAGACAAUGAAGUGACCCCAGAUGAACAAGUUGUUAAGGGAAAACUCAACGGAAGUGCAAGCGAGAAGUUUGAGGACGAGGGCACUGUAAUGGAGGAGACAUCUGAGGGAGGAGAUUAUGAAGAGAAGGGAGAAACAGAGGAAGUUUAUGAACCACCGAAAAUGGAAUUAGAAGAAGAUAAGCUUACUCCAAGUGAAGAUGAACACCAAGACAGACAUGAUGAAGUCAAACCAGGGGACAGUCUUGAAGAUGAUGAUAUUACUAAUAAAAAUUUAGAACACCUCAUAAGUGAAAGACAAACAGAGAAACAGAAUCUGUUUGUAUCUGCCACACCCAAAGUGUCCUCACCUGUUUCUCCAGCUGCAUCUAUCCAUGAUGAAAUGCUUCCAGUUGGCUUUGAGAGCUCAACAGCUUCAGAUGAUGAGAACCGAGAUGAAGCCCCUGAGGAUUACACCGUCACCUCUGGCUGCACUCAGUCCACCAUUGAGAUCUCCAGUGUGCCUACUCCCAUGGAUGAGAUGUUGACUCCCAAGGACAUCAUGAGCGAUGAAACCAUCAAUGAUGAGACUGAAUCUCCUCCACAGGAUGGUGACAGGUUUGAGACAUCAGCACCUGGAGAGUACGAUAGGAAGAAGCUUUCUCCACUCCAGGAUAUGGUAUGUUUAGAUCGCUCUAAGAGUGAGGCCACAGAGGGCCAGGACUACAGCCACUCCGCCUCCACAAUAUCUCCACCUUCAUCACUAGAAGAAGAUAAAUUCUGUAAGGACUUUCCCUCUGCAGGGAAAGUUGAAGGGGUCACAGUUCAAGAGUCACAUGAGAAGUAUGAUGAAGACACAGCUAGACUUAGUUCAACUUCUACUGCAUCACCUCUUAUUCGUUCUCCCUCAGUGGACCGCAAGGAUACGAUUGAUUCUCCAUCACUUUUUGCUGCUCCAAUAGAACUGUCCACCACACUGACAGGGUGCACCAGAGCAACAGUAGAUUCCUCCAUCAGCCCAGAUGACAAGACACUGGAAGGAGCUAACUCACCUCAGUCCUCUGGUCAUACACCUUACUAUCAGUCACCAGUAGAUGAAAAAGUACCUCUACCUGUGUCAGAAGACAAAACAGAGGGUCCAAUAAUUGUGGAGGUCACAAGUGAUAAAGAGGAUUCCUCCAACAGAGUUACCCCAGAGCCUGAUGAGCCAGAACAAGAAAGUUACUCCCCUGUAGAGAGGGUAAUGUCGUCUCCAAAAAGCCCACCUCCAAGUGAACCUGAUUCCCCAACAAAGAAGGAAAAGUCACCCUUUGAUGUAGAUCAGAAGAAAGCUGUAGAAAUCAGCCAUUCAGCCUUGUCCUCAGCACCAACAACCAAACAUGAAUCUGACACCAAUCCCUUUACAGCUUUCAAAGAGGAGAGCAAAAUGUCAAUUUCAGAGGGUACCACAUCAGACAAGUCAGGAACCCCUCUGGAGGAAGUGGUAGCAGAAGACACAUUUUCACAUUUAGCUUCCGCAUCCACUGCAUCCCUGGCCACCAGCUCCUUGCCAGAGCCAACUACUGACUCUCCUUCCCUUCAUGCUGAGGUAGGAUCUCCUCACUCAACAGAGGUAGAUGACUCGCUGUCUGUCUCUGUGGUUCAGACCCCGACCACCUUCCACGAGGCUGAGGGCUCACCAUCCAAGGAAGAUAGCCCCAGGCCCAUGUCUAUCUCCCCAGACAUCUCACCAAAGUCGAAAAGCAGAACCCAGAUGCAGGACACAAAAUCCCCAGAGCACUCUACCAUGUCAUUUGAGUUUGGUCAGGAGUCCCCUGACCACUCCUUAGCCCUGGACUUCAGUAAGCAAUCCCCAGAACAUCCAUCUGUGGGAGGCAGCUCCCGUGCUACGGAGAAUGGCCCAACUGAGGUUGACUAUAGCCCCUCAGAUGGAACAGAUGCAAGGCCAUCUGGAGAACCUAGCUCCACGGUGGAGAAGCCUUUGCUUUUUGAAGAAAGUGAUUCAGUCCGUGCCACUUCUGCAACCCCAUCAGAUGCAUCUCAGUCCACACCCUCUGUUACAACCCCAUGCCAAAUGACAGAUAUGCCGCAUGCCGUUGCUGAGCAGACAGAUAAGUCCCCAGUUACCCCUAAGGCAUCCUCUCUCACCCACUCUCCCCAUUCCAAUGAGCCAUCCCCAGUGCUGGGAGGUCCCCCGGCGAGAGACAGCACCAGCCCAAUUUCACCAUCUGUGGAGAGCAUUUCAAAUAUAUUUGACACUCAGCAGAAAUACAACAAGUCACCCUCACCUCCCAAAGCUACUUCUCCAUCAAGUUCCUUCACCUGUUCAAAAGAGGAGACACUUUCCCCACCAAAAGAGACUAAUCCCUUUAAAUGUGAGGAUUCUACAUUUGAGGCAAAAUCCCCUGUGAGCCCCAAAGUUCCCUCCCCAUCAUAUCUACCGCUCUCCUCUGAUCUGUAUGAUUACAACUCUGCCUGUGGCUCCAAGGACCCAGACUCCACUAAGAGGAGCCCCCCUGCUCCAUCAAAGACAGAUGUUGAUCUCUGUCUAGUCACCUCAUGUGAAUACCGUCACCCCAAGACAGAAUUAUCCCCAUCUUUCAUCAACCCCAACCCUCUAGAAUACUUCAUUAAUGAAGAAAAUGCCAUGGAUGAGGACAAGCCUCUGGCCAAGUUAGGGGGAGGGCCCCCACCCCCAGGGGGUAAGCUUUCUGCCAAGCAAUGUGAGGAGACCCCCCCUACAUCCAUCAGUGAAUCUGCCCCCUCCCAGACAGAUUCAGAUGUUCCACCAGGGACAGAAGAGUGCCCCUCCAUUACAGCAGAUGCUAACAUUGACUCCGAAGAUGACUCUGAGACUUUGCCUACUGACAGAACCCUGACCUACAGGCAUGCCGAUCCACCUCCGGUGGCUUUAAGGGACUCCGCUCCAUCCUCAGGCCACCACGAUGUCUGUAUGGUGGACCCUGAGGCCCUCAAGGCUGAAGAAAACCUCAACAAUGCUAACAUAGAUGCAGGAGAAAAGAAGAAGAAAAAACUCUCAAAAAAGUCCUCAUCACCAGCCAGGAAGACUGGUCUAUCAAAAGUCAAGGACACAAAGACUGCCUCUCCAAAGAAGAAUGUCGGAGAGGGGAAAGAUGCCAAAAAUGCAACCAAUACCUCUGCAUCCAGGGGUGUGAAAAGUGCCACAUCAGGUACUGGCAGUGGCAAGGCACCUGGUGGAUCAUCUCUUCCCAACUGUCCACCCAUGUACAUGGAUUUGGUUUACAUCCCUAAUCACUGCAGUGCCAAGAAUGUGGAUGCUGAGUUCUUUAAACGGGUGCGCUCCUCUUACUAUGUGGUCAGUGGCAAUGAUCAGACAGCUCAGGAGCCUAGUAGGGCUGUCCUUGAUGCUCUGCUGGAAGGAAAGGCCCAGUGGGGAAACAAUAUGCAGGUCACUCUGAUUCCAACCCAUGACACUGAUGUGAUGAGGGAGUGGUACCAGGAGACCCACGACAAGCAGCAGGAGCUGAACAUCAUGGUCCUGGCCAGCAGCAGCACCGUUGUCAUGCAGGACGAGUCCUUCCCGGCUUGUAAGAUAGAGAUGUAGGUCUGUUUUGUGAGAGAUCUGUGGAUCUGGAGGCCUAGUGACUGAUAAUGAGAUGGAUCAUUACUUGUAGAGAACAACAAAUCCAUGUAGCAUAAAACCUAAGCAGACACUUAAACACUUAUAUACUGAAAUGAUACUUCUUCUGUACUAAACCCUGAAAAAUAAAUAUCUGCAUUGACAACUAACACUAAUAGAAAUCUGCUUUGGGGGGCUCCAUGCAAAAGACAAUGUUUUCUAUAUAAAGUAAUACAUCCUUGACAUCCUCAAGGUGUUAUCUGAUUUUUAGGUAUAAAUGGAUUGUACUGGGAGGAAGUUAGAAACCAAAAAAAACAAAACAAAAAACAGCCUAGCCGUGAUUGUCCAGUUAUGCUAACUCUAGUACUCAAGUAAUGAUGCUGUUGUUUAUGUACCGAGUUCUUCUGCAUCCCCAGAUCAAAAUAUAUGAGAGCUUUUAAUUAUGUUAAUGGCCUAUGGUAUACUUGUUAUCCACACCAAAGGAUAAAACAACAUUGUCAUUGCCUUAGGGAGUCAAAAUGAAUGUAAAAGAACUGGUGCAACUAGCAGAAGAGUAGGCAAACACUACACACUGGAGGUAAUCCUUAAAAGGACUGUUAAAUGGUUACACAGUUGACUGAUGGUAAAUAUAAAAUAACUUGAAGGGAUACUCAACACAUGAUUAGCAUUAAUAUGAUGUCUGACUUCAUAUUCAUCACUGGAGAGACAGAGUGCCCCUACCAUUGUGAAAGUCAGCUGGGUUUUAUUUGAUUUAAGGUGGUUGUUUUUUUCCUCUCUUGUCUGGUUUAUUUUGCUGCUGAUUAAUAUUUAUUUAUUAUGUUGAAUUAAAAUGAUUCUGCGUGACUGUCCAGGUAGCUUUUUACAUUGCGCAACAGAAAAGUUGCCUCAGAAUGCUCUCCCUUGCCUUUGUCACAUCUGUAAAAUCGUAUCAUUUUCCACAAUGUUAAUGCUUUUUAGAGGGCUGCCUUUUAUUUCAGAUUGUCUGUUUUAUUUACAGGUUUGAGAGUUAUUUCAAAAAGAGAAAAUCUGAUCUUAUUUGUAUUACCUGUUUUUUAUGUAAUCAUUGAGCUGUGGGGGAGCUAGCCUUUUCCCAAUGUGAAGCUGGUGAAGCAGGAUAUUUUCAUAAACCUUAAAAUGUCUUGUUUUUCUAAAGCAUUGUACUAUAAUUAUAAAUAGCUUUGUGGCUGAUGGAAUGGUUGAAAGAUGUGCAUGAGUUAUGAUAUAUUAGGAUUUUUUUCUCUUCUUUUAAUGGGGAUUUUGCUCAGAACAACAGGGCUAUAUAGGCUAAAUAAAUAAAUGUGAGGAGCAUUUAAUGAUUUUUGCAAGUUGUGCCAUGACAUUGUAUACUACAGUAACUCAAGCUGUUGCCUGUGGCACUGUAUCACUGAAAAACUUGAUUUUGGGUGCAGCACAGUGUAGAUUUUCAGGUUGAUGUGAGCAUUUAUGGAGGCUGAGAACUCCUUGUGACAUUGGAGUUUCUCCUCUUUAGCCAGGAUGAAAAGGAAACAGCCUCCAGUCGAGGCAAAGCCUUGAGAGGGGCAGCACACAGAGAUGAGAGUGAGUGACUUGUGUGUUUUCAGAUGAAAGUAUGUAAAACUCAAACUAGACACUUUAAACACAACCGUGACACAUACCAAACUAACUGUACAGAGGCCAUAAAUCAACAGGCCAGCUUCUGGAGAAAUAUUUAACAGAUCAGCGCACGAUGAUUAAGAGGCUUUGGUAAUUUGGGUUUUUAGAUCAACUCACCAAACUCACCAGAUAUUUCUGAACUUAUGUCAGGUGUUCAUAAUACCACUAUAGACCACUUUUCCUGUAAGAGGAACCUCAAAUCAACACCAUGACCAUACUGUCAAUCAACAACAAACCUACAAACUCUGAACUGACAUCUCUCUUGAACUGACAUCUUUUCUCUGUCUUCUUUCUCUACACUUGCUCUAUUUCUCUCUCUCUGUCUAUUUCUCUCUGCCUUUUUCUCCUUAUCUUUCUCUUGGGAGAACUUUAAUAAUGUUUGUCUGCAGCUGUGUGGUAUAUUUGUCUUGUGAUCAUGCAUCCUCUCUCUGUCCUUUUUCCAAACUCAUAUAUAACCUAUAGCAAUUAGUUUCAAGUGAGUAUUCCUUAGAGCUUUCUAAUGUUUGUGUGCAAUAUUUCCUCUACCCAUAUGAUGAACCUGACAUAAGAGGAACUACUACUAAAGAACAAACAUUCAAAAACAACCACAAUAAAAUCUGUUGUGAAAAAUA